AUGGCCGCUGCGGACGAUGUGCUGGCCAUAGAGUGGCCGACUGCAGCGGAUCCGAGAAAGGAGGAGAAGUGUCGUGCCCUGCAGGACUUGGGCUUUGAACCUUUGGCCGAUCUGGAGUCGUCUGUGGCCAUCGAGCUCCGCCUGCAGUUUGAGGAGGGUCCGAAGCGUGAGCUGACCCGCAAGUCUCGGGAUUUUCUGAUCGAUGUCAUGCAGGUGUUGGUGAUGACUGACCUGGAGCUCUGCUUUUGGCCUCCCUGCACAUCGGAAGACGAGGCACGGUGGUCGCUUUCACAGCUUGCUCCUUGCGUGCGACGCCGGGCGGUGCUUGCGGCCCGUAGGGUGCUGAGGCCGCGAUUUGCCGCGGCCGCGGCAGCCUGCGACCUGGAGGGUGUCGCCCACGCUGAGGCCGUGAAGGUGGACGACACAAGGAGUCUCGCUCUCCCAUCACCCCAGUGCCACUCGGCGCUUCGCGUUGCGCAGGUGCCAGCGAGGGGUCUGGGCGUGGUGGUGAUGGAGGAGGUCGGCAGUGGCGAGGAACUCUUUGCCAUCGCGGAGGACAAGCUGCUCAAUGUUUAUACUGCGCUGAAGUCCCAGCACUUCGGCAACCUUGCAGAGCAGCUGCUGCGCAGCGGCCUGCACGUGGAGGCCGUAACCAUGCUCUUUGCAAUCGCAGAACACAGGCGCUGCCAGGCGUCGCCCACUGCGGAAUCGCCGUGGAGGGCAGUCUUGGAGCGUGCGCCGAUGCUCACCGAGGACCUGCUGCCCAUCACCUGGCCACAGGAGGCGCUGGAAUCGCUCGGCGAGCAGAUCUCCAAGCUUGUUGAGGAAACGCAGCUGUCCCUCUGGGCGCUGUCCCGGGAGGUGUCCACAGCCCUGGCCGCGGCAAAGGCAGGAGGGCCUGGAGAGGCGGCGAGCUGCCUGGGGGGCGCCGUGAGCUUCGAUGACCUCCUCUGGGCAAGGUGCCUUUUCGACAGCCGCGCGGUGUCACUUGAGAUCCAGGCAGAUGGGCCGAGCAUCGCUGGCGUGCAGCUUCCUUCGCGCGUCGUCUGCCUCGCCCCCGAGGUGGACUUGCUCAACCACAGCUCGACAGGAGUCUGUGCCCCGCCCUAUUUCGACAACCAGCGGCGCUCGCUGAUUGUCGAGCUGGCAGCGCCUGCGCGACGUGGUACGGAGGUUUGCCUCUCCUAUGGGCCCCUCCAGAGCUGGGAGCUCCUGUUCUACUACGGCUUUUGCCCUGAGGCCAACCCGCACGAUCGGCUCAUCAUCAACGUCGACCUCCCUGACGACGAAGGCAUGGCCGAGAAAGAGGUGGUGCUGCAGCUCCACGGCAUCCCCACGGAAGUAGCAUUGAGACCCGGCGCAGCGCAGGUUGGCGAAGGCUGGGCGGCGCUGGGCGUCCUGCCCCCGCAGCUGCUGAGGUGUUUUCGCGUGCUGCUCGGGGAGAUUCAUGCCCUGGAUGUCGAUGCCGCUCCCGGCGAAGGGAGUAUGUUGGAAGUGGACCUGCAGUGCCUAGACGCCAUUGAGGACUUGCUGGCGGGCUUGCUGGAGCCUUUGCUGACACCAGCACCAGGGGAGCCACCAUUCUGGUGGCCACUUUAUGGCCAUCGGGUCCAGGCUUUCCGCAGCUCCCAGCGGAGGCUGCUCGAGGAUAAUGUAGCCGACCUGCGGGCCCUGCGGGACAGGAAUACCAAUACAAGCACUGCCGCAGAAGCUGUUCUACUGGCCACGGGGCUGCAACUUUUAGCUGCUAGCCGGAGAUACUGGUAUGAGCUGGCCGCUUUCAACUCGGAGUUCCAGGGCGACCUACGGACCUUGAGGCGCGUAGCACGGUCCAUGCCGGGGCCCAUCCUCAAGACGCCGGAGCCGGAGCCGGACGAUUGA